AUGUCUACACAUCAGUCCAACGAAAACCCCUACGGCACCAAAAAUGACGAUGAGAUGUCCUCUGACCCAUCCAUGUAUCCUCCUACCGACGAUGAGGGGGAGCUAGACACUCUUUCCGACCCAGCAGUAAACCCAUCUGACGCUGACCCCGACGUCGAGACACUCCCAUACCCGCGGGGUAGGUAG